CCAAUCAGAGCAAUCAGAUCCCACAUUGGAGGAGUCACGCUGCUGCUGCCCCAUCGCACUCCACCGCCGCAUCGACGGAGACAGUGAGUGAGUGAGUGAGUUGCCGCAUCGCUAAUCCUACGAAGUCAUGGAAGAUGAUGAAGAAGAAGAAGCAGAAGCAGAAGCAAGCAAGCACUAGCACAGGUUUACUCGUGCUACUGGGCAUGGCGCCUCCUCCUCACAUCUCUUGUUGUUGUUGCUGUUCCUCUCCUGCUGCUGCUUCCCCUGGUCGAUUGUGACCUCGAUCAGUGUCAUCUCCGCUGCACUGAUGAGGCUUCGACUUGCACCGAGACCGGAGCAGAUUCUCGGCACGGGCUGAAGAUUACUAAGUGUGCGUAGGUCACGAUUGAGUUGACUAAUGAGUGGCCGUGGUGGGCCACAACUGUUACGUCCAUCGGAAGCAGAAUUUUGAUAGGAGUGACUAAAUAGAUGGAAUUGCAACAAUUCCUUCUGGGAAAAGCGGAGGGUUGCAGAUUUCAGUUUCGUGAUGAAUCGACUAUUUCUAAUUCUUUCAAUAAGCUGGUGACGAUUCUUGUCAGAUUCGUAUCUCAAUGCGGUUUACCAUGGAACAAAGGCACUCUUCACAAAUACAAGACCCCCAUGCCGGAAGCAUCAAAUAUCUCAGCAAUUCCUACGCACCAACUCCAUUCGUUCGAGCGCCAGUUGUACCAGGUGUUUCUUCCUCAGGACAGAGCAUACUCAGUCCUGUGGUGAUUGCAAUGGUCGUAGUGCUGGCCGGAGCCUUCCUAAUCGUGAGCUACUACAGAGUCUUCGAUAAGUACUGUAAUCGGAAUCUAUUUUGUUGCUGGAGUGCGUGGCGCAACGGCCGAGAUGGCAGUCCCUCCACCAUUGUGUUGAUGGAGGAGCACGGCGCAGGGCCUGCUAGUAGGGUGGGCUUGGACGAUGCCCUCAUUAGCCGGAUUCCGACUCGAAAGUACGAUCCCCACGAGGGAGUGCUCGACAAGACUGAAUGCUCCGUUUGCUUGGGAGAGUUUGAGAUCGGGGAGGUGCUUCGAAUCCUGCCCAAGUGCAAUCAUCCCUUUCACAUCCCCUGCAUCGAUACGUGGCUUGUGAAGUCCUCCACAUGCCCCUUGUGUAGAAUCAAUAUUGCUCUGGAAGCUGUGUUGCCCCACACUCUCAUGCCGGCGGAGAGGGAGACGCCCGAACAUGCUCGUGGCCCUACUAUGUCGCUCCUUUUGGCGUCGAAUAUCAAUCCUGGACCAUCUCUCAUCAACCACGAGACUGAAAUUCUGCACGAUAAUGUGCUGCAGUUAUUGGAAAGCGGGCAGUUUUCUGGUCUUUCCAGAUCGAUGUCGCCGCCUUCCAGCCGCGGUUCAUUCAUGUCUACUUCGGAUGUCGGAAUUCAAGAUAACGAACAGAUUGAGUUGGAACCAAAUUCACUGCAACACUCUCGGCAUCUGUCUCUGGAAACAGUUGCGACUCCCAUGAGAGAAACGCAUCUCCUUAACCGCCAGAACAUAACCUUGGAGCAAAAUACACAACUCAGCAGGCAAUUAUCUCUUUCCAUGAAGCGGAGGCUCUAUCACCAAGCUCGCAGAGAAGUACACCGGAUUCAUUCGGAAGGUGGGCCUCCCCAUAGCCAAACUGAUCAAGACCUCAAUGGAAAGCAUCCUCUCGUCCCAAUUCCUGCACCGCAACUGAAGCGCUUCGUUCCCUUGAUUGGGUCAUCCUCUGCUCGGUCCACGAGCUCAAGUUCAGACCAAGAGGUGGCCGAGCUUUUGACACAAGAAAUAUUUAGUCACACCAGUCACUUAAAAAUCGAUUCAGAAUCAACUCUGAAAACCAGCGCAAAGAAACAACCAUGUUCAACGGAGAACUCUCAGGAUAUGGCGUUAUCUACAUGUUCCUGUUACAAAUCUCAGCAGAUCUCACAAGAUGAUGCAAGCUUCGAGUCGACGCUGUCCAUCAACGAGCAAGGAAACCCUCCCUUAGAUUUUUCAAAGCAAGGUACCUGCGGUUACAACACGCCGGAUGAUUCAACCGAUGGUGUACAUUUGCAAUUUUUUUUAGCCGUGAGCUCAGACGAUGAAAAUUCACAGCAGAAUGGCCAAUUAAGGUCUGACGAGAGCUGCAAGGAUCACUGCCAGAUGUGGCCUAGCGAGGCCUGCCCAUUCAAAACCUCCAUGUCACGGUCGAAUAGCUGUGAAUCACUGACAAAGGCCCACACAUCUGAACCUGUCUUCGAGGUGUUCAACUUCUGAGUGACUUCAUUUAAGCUUCUCUAGAGAAGCAAAGAGAAGUAUUCAUGUAAAAUUAUUAAAUGAUCGCGAUUAACUUGCAUCUGUUUAGAGAUUUUGCUAAGGGGGAUCAUUUCACAUAUACUGGAGCAGAUGUGGUUAUAAAUCCUUGAUUCUUUGACACGUCGACUGAAAGCCAACCUACAGUGUUCAUCAAAUCCGUAGAAAGUAAUUAAUUAUUCUUGCGUCCUCGAUGAUGCGGUGUGAACAUGAAUUCCCUGCCAAUUCCAUGAAUUCUCGUAGCAAAGUGAUUUCAUUAACGAAAGUGUAUUCUUGAAAUUUUGGAGACGGAGACCGUAUCUGUCCACGCUAAAGGCCAGUAAAAUUAUUGUAAUGAAUCUGAGCAUUUAGUA